CCGUGGCAUCAGACUGCAUUCAUCUUUCGUUUAUUUGGCACACUGAGAUCCUAUUGGAAUUGAAGAUAACCUGAAAACCAUGAAACUGUUCGUUGGAGCUCUUGCCCUUUUGGUGACCCUUGCCAGCGCUGCACCGCCUCUAAAUCAGAAGGAUGCUGAAAGUCAAAUCGUAAGCCAGAACUCAGAUAUCCAACCGGAUGGAAGCUUCAAUUAUGCCUUCGAGACGGGAAAUGGAAUCAAAGUUGAAGACCAAGGUACCAUUCGGCAAGUAAAAGUCCCUAAAACAGAUGCAACAGGUCGAGCUAUCGGUGAAGAUGUGAUCCCCGUAUCGGUUCAGACGGGAUCGUUCCAGUAUACAGCUCCUGAUGGACAAAUUAUAACGAUCAAAUAUAUUGCCGAUGAAAAUGGCUUCCAACCGCAGGGAGCUCAUCUUCCAGUAGCGCCAGUCGCGUAGGAUGACUCUAUUUAAUGCACUUCAACAGUGCUGUAAAUAAUCGUAAAUAAAUGUAUGUUUAGUAUGGCCGAUGUA